UCAAAUUUUAUUUCCCACAUCACAACAAAACAAAGUUACUACCACUAGCUCAAUUUUUUCCAUUCAACAAAACAAAUCUCACUCACUCACUCACUCAUUCUCACUCUUCACCUCUCAAAAACAACUUCAACAUUCAUUCAACAAUCACAAAAUUAACUCACUCUCAUACACCAAACUCAAAAUCAAACUCAUUAAUUUCUUCUUUCAUUCAAUUAAUCAUUCACAAAAUCACAAUAUCUCAUAUGCCAAAUGUCUGAUCCUUCAACUUCCACCACCCCAUUAUCACAUCCAUCAAUCAUACCCAACCAACACAAUCUACCCAUCAUCAUUCACACCACCACCACCACACAACCACCACAACCACCACCACAACCACCCUCCACUAGAGAAUACCGCAAAGGUAACUGGACAAUCCAAGAAACACUAAUCCUCAUAACAGCAAAGAAACUAGACGAUGAAAGAAGACUAAAAAACACAUCAACUUCAACUUCAACUCCAUCAUCAUCAUCACAAGACCAAAACAGAACAACAACACCAACAACAACCUCUGCAUGUCCUAGUACUAGCUCAAACAGAAACAGUGGUGAACUAAGAUGGAAAUGGGUUGAAAACUAUUGUUGGAGUCAUGGUUGUUUAAGAAGCCAAAAUCAAUGUAAUGAUAAAUGGGAUAAUUUACUUCGUGAUUACAAAAAAGUUCGUGAUUAUGAAUCCAAAUCAGAAUCACAAUCACCAAACAAAGAUCAUCAUCAUCAACAUCAUCAUAACUUUCCUUCUUAUUGGAUUCUCAACAAACAACAACGCAAAGAACAGAAUCUUCCUUCUAAUAUGGUUUUUGAAAUUUAUCAAGCUAUAAGCGAUGUUCUUCAAAGAAAACAAUCACAAAGAAUCACAACACCACAACAUCAUCAUCAACAACAAGGUUUGGUUACAUUGGUGUCUUCACCAUUACCAGCACUACCACUUCAAGCACAGCUUCUUCCUCCACCACCACCACCGCCACUUCCUCCACCACUUCCACUACAACAACCUCCUCCACCGCCGCAUGCUCCGGCAAGUUCAACUACUCCGGCAGUUUCAGAGAGAACUGAAUCUGCCACAGAUUCGGAGAAGAGUGAGGAUGAUGAAGAUGAUGGUGGCUCGGAAUCAAAACGUAGGAAAGUUAAGAACCUUGGUUCAAGCAUAAUGAGAAGUGCAUCGGUAUUGGCACGAGCUCUAAGGAGAUGUGAAGAGAAGAAGGAGAAACGGCACCGUGAAUUGAUCGAGAUUGAACAAAGGCGAAUUCAAAUGGAAGAAUCCCGGAAUGAAGUUCACCGACAAGGUAUCGCCACCCUUGUCGCUGCCGUCAGUAAUCUUUCCGGUGCCAUUCACUCAUUUAUUAAUUCUGAACACCAUGGCCAGAGAUAAUUAAUUAAUAUAUGCUAGCAUGUCACUUUCAAAAAAUCAUAUAAUAUUUAUUGGUCAUGCAUUCUUUCACCCUCUUAAAAUUCAAUUGGAGUCUAGUAGUAUUUUUAAGUCACUUUCACCAAUUGAUUUCAUGUGAUAUCAUAUAUAUGUAAUGCAUGGUAUAUAUAUGUUCCAAUUCAUUGAUGGACAAACCAAUUCUAGUGCCU